CCGGUUGGCUUCAUACCCCCAGACCCGUUCUCUUCCUCUCUUGGCUAUCAGUCGGACCUCUGCAAUGGCCUCGGAAGCCAUUCGUCCCAGGGGCAGGCCUGCCCACACGCCCGGAACUACCGUUUUAACGUAUACGCCGAACGGUCGCCACGUUAUCACCGGUGGUUCAAACUCUGCGAUUCGAAUCUACGCCGUCGGACAAGAUGGUGAGCCCAAGACGGUGGACGAAGGUGUAGAUGGCCAUCUCGGAAUCGGCGCCACAAAUGAAUCGUUUAUCAUGGGCGCGGAAGACGGCACGGUCUGGCAAUAUGAGAUUGGAUCGGGCAGAAUGGACAAGCUCCUUGUUCGAUGCGCACUGCCGGUGAGAGACAUUGCGGUUUCCAAGGAUGGGGAAUGGGUGGCCGUGGCUAGCGAUGAACUGACGGUGAAAAUUGUCAACCUCGAUGACAUGACGAAAGUGAAAUAUCUUCGCGAACAAGCCAAGGGAACGAAACACGUUACCUUUGAUCCCAGCGGGCGCUAUGUUUCGGUCUCUUGUACCGAUGGAAUCGUUUACAUCUACUCUCUGCUCUCCGAGGAACCAGAGCUGGUCCGGAAACUUGAUGGCGUGAUACAACGACUUGAGGCCGAGGACGAAGGAACGUCACGGGUGGUUUGGCACCCGGACGGAACCGCGUUUGCAUCCGCAGAAGCCACGCGGGAUGUUUCGAUUUUCUCGACGGGCGAGUGGAAGAAGGAGAAGGUCUUUUCGGGUGGCCACAACGGAGGCGUCACCGCGAUUAGCUGGUCUCCCAACGGGGCCCUUCUCGCUACCGCGGGUGCUGAUGGCCAGGUGCUUCUCUGGGAGACGAAGACCCAGCAGGUUGUAAAAAGUUAUGACUUCGCGAAUGUCAUCAAUCUGGCCUGGCACCCCACAAGCAAUUCACUCUCGUUUACCACCUCGGAUGGAGAACUUUUCAUAUACGACGGGAUCGUACCGCGAGAAUAUCAGCCGCUCCUCCAGAAGCCGCUCCAGGCUGCUCCGAUCUUCCCUGGUCCGCUGGCCGAUAUCUCCGAUAAUGUAAGGCGACCAUUGGCGAGUAGGCCGAAGGAGACGGAUCAAAAACAACGAGCAGGGUCGCCAGACUCCCUUGAUGAUAUUCUUGGCUCCGACCAGGGCAUGGAGGAUUUUGUCGACGACGACGAUGGGGCUGGGUAUGCAGAAGGCAUGAAUGGGUUGGGGAAAAGAACAAAUGAUCACCUCGACAGCAUCGAGGGACACGCUGACAAGCGGCUAUUAACCUCGUUCUCCAAGCCAAAAAUCCAUCAACCUCUCCAGCCCGGCAGCACUCCCUGGCGAGGCAACCGACGGUAUCUCUGCUUGAAUCUGACCGGCGCUGUGUGGACUGUUGACCAGGAGACACACCACACCGUGACUGUUGAAUUCUACGAUCGGGAGAUGCAUCGUGAUUACCAUUUCACUGAUCCCUAUCUUUACGACCGCGCGUGCCUAAAUGAACAUGGAUCACUCUUCUCCAACAACCCGACCGAUGGCAGCCCGGCCACGAUAUUCUACCGACCACAUGAGACGUGGACGACACGGGCCGACUGGCGAACCCAGCUGCCCCAAGGGGAACUUAUUCGAGCGCUGGCGCUGAGUGAUUCAUACAUUGUCGCCGUGACGACGAAAGACUACGUUCGUGUAUAUACGCUAUUUGGCACCCCGUUCAAGGUUUAUCGGCAGAAGAGCCCGGCCGUGACAUGUGCGGCCUGGCGAGACUACAUCAUGACCAUUGGGAACGGACCAUUGGGAAGCGAUGGCCGCACUGCCGGUCUGCGCUAUUCCGUCGAGAAUGUCAAACGGGACGAGGUUUGUCAGAAUGAAGACGUGGUCGCCGUCCCGGAGGGAUCGGACCUACAGAGCGUAUUCUUCUCUGACACGGGAGAUCCUUGCAUCUACGAUUCGGAGGGUGUCCUUCUCGUUUUACAACACUGGCGUAGCCAAGGGCAAGCCCGAUGGGUGCCCCUUCUUGACACUAAACAGCUCGAGCGUCUAGCGACGGGGCGCAAGGAGGAGACGUACUGGCCAGUUGCUGUCGCGCAGGACAAAUUCCACUGCAUUAUUCUCAAGGGUGGAGAUCGGUAUCCAUACUUCCCGCGACCAUUGCUGAGUGAAUUCGACUUCCGCAUCCCCAUCUCUGACACGCCGGGAAAGAGCGCACAGGCAGAGGAUGCCGCAACUGGGGCCCGGAAUGAGGGAGCGCAACUCGAGGAGGCCUUCGUCCGCGGUAAUGUCAUGCUCUCACUUUUCCAGGAUGUCCUGACGUCGACGAAUGCGACUGCGAGCCAGCGGGCCGAGCUGACACGCAAGGAGCUUGAAUUGGACAAGGUCCUUCUGCAGUUGCUGGCCGUCGAGUGCCGCGAAGGCGAGGAGCGGGGGAUGAAGGCAUUGGAGCUCGUCCAGCUGAUGAAGGACAGCAAUGGCAAGAUGGUCGAAGCGGCGGUCAAGAUUGCGCAACGGUACGGGCGCGGAGUGCUGGAAGACAAGAUCCGCGAUCUGGCGGAGCGACGGUACAUGGGGGAGGACGAUGAUGAUGAGCUUGCAUGAUAGGGAGCGACUUGGACUGGCAGACGAAUAAGUAAUAAAUGAAAUGAAAUGCA